ACCAGAGUCCAGAGAUCACAGAGCAUCAUGGGUAAACGAAGAGCGCCUGAGCUGUACAGAGCCCCCUUCCCUCUCUACACUGUGAGAGUCGAGCCCCAGAGCGGCCUGAUCCUCACCGCUGGAGGAGGAGGAGCGUCCAAGACCGGGAUCAAGAACGGACUGCAUUUCCUGAGUCUGGAUCUGGUCGGCGGUGUGCACAGCGCCACCUUGCUGCACACUCAUGAAACAGACACGCGAGCCACCAUGUGCAUGUGUCUGGCUGGGGACAUGAUCGCCGCGGGACAGGACGCCAACUGCAGCCUGAUGAGGUUCAGUCAGCACGCGGCCAAACAGGCGAAGAAACCCGCAGCCAAAGAUGGGGCUGGAGAUAAAGGUGCAGCCAGGAAGAGAGGCAGGAAAGGCCAGAACGGAGAUGGAGGAGGAGGAGGAGAUGUGGCGCAGAUGAAGGAGGAUUCUCCUCAGGUGCUGGUGGAGGAUGUUGGAGCGGUGCAGGCCGACCUGAGCCCGCAGGACCCCUGUGUGAAGUGUGUGCGCUUCAGCUCUGACCUCACGCUCCUGCUGAGCGGCGGAGCCGACGGUUUCGUCCGAGUGUGGGAGUUCCCCUCUUUGAAAGAGAAGUUCAGCUUCAGAGCUCACAAGGACGAGCUGGAGGAUAUAGACAUCAGUCCUGAUAACAAGCACAUUGUAACAGUUGGCCGUGAUUUCGAGUGCAGCGUGUGGAGCGGCGAUCAGCUGGCCGUGGGUUUGUGUUGGCAUGAAAACAUGCCUCAGAUCACAGAGAAGAUGUACCGCUACAAGUCAUGCAGGUUUGCAAAGGUAGAGGACCAGAAAGAUGCUUUAAGACUCUAUACAGUCCAAAUCCCCCACAAACGGGACCGCAAACCCCCUCCGUGCUACAUCACCAAAUGGGACGGUCGGGCUUUCCUGCCGCUGCUCACGAAGCCUUGUGGGAAUGAAGUUAUAUCUUGUCUUGCAGUGAGUGACUCUGGAACAUUUCUUGGUCUUGGAACGGUGACGGGGUCCGUGGCCAUCUUUAUAGCGUUUUCCCUGCAGAAAUUGUACUACAUCCAGGAAUCUCACGGCAUUGUUGUCACGGACCUGACGUUCCUUCCUGACGCUCCUAAAAGUGCAGCCGUGAAGGGGAAUAAUGAAGUGGUCAUGUUGAGUGUAGCGGUCGACAGCCGCUGUCAGGUGCAUGCCGUGUCCAACCGGAGGUCAUUCCCGCUGUGGCUGGUGCUGUUCUUCUGCGGUCUGAUGAUGGUUGGACUGAUUCUGCUCCUGCAGUCUCUCUUCCCAGGAUUCAUUUAGCGUAUAGCCUAUCCAUUCUCACCAUCACCUAAACAUGACAUUUUAUAUCUUAAUGAGUUGGAUUGAUGAAAUUGUUCAAAUCAAUUGGAAAUAAUAAUGGAAAUGGGAAUGACGGUGUUUAGCAUCAUGUUUUUAACUGAAGUAUCAUCUCUGCAGUGUGAUUUUGAGCUCUGAAUUCUUAGGGCAUGACGAUGAAGAUCCUGAAGCGCUCUUUCUCCUCAUCACUGAGAGAAAUGUUUCAGGAUCGUUGGAAACACGACUGGAUUUCCUCAUAUGGACGGCGACUGCUCCACCAGCAUGAAAUGCCUUUUAAUGGAGAAAUAUAUAUGCAGGGAAUUUCAACAGUGGAUUGUUUUAAAUAUUUAAAACCAUGUAAAAAUAUAAAUCUAGAUCUGAGCAGCA